AUGCCUGCGAUGCACCCCAACCACAGAGAAGUCCUCGAGGAUAUGAUCCACACACGCCACUCCAAGCUGACGCUUGGACGCAUCGAGGAGGCUCUGCAUUACGGUCUCGGCGCCGAGGUGGUUCGCCGGGACAACACGAUCAUCGUUCGAUUCCGCGCGGGUAGGUGCCGUGUGCUCGCCGCGAACGACAACGUCGAAUCUUUUCACGCGCCUCACGACGGCAGAGGGAACGUUAGUGCCCACCACUCUCACCUCCUGACAAUGAACAAGAAUAACGCGCACAUCUUCAACGUGAUCUACGGCGUCGUCGAGCCGGAAGAUAUCAAGUUCAAGGACUUCGAGAAGGCGAUGAACAGCCUGGGCGCGCGCAAGAGCACCGGCGGAGGCUCUGUUCGAUCAUUUACGGCAGCCUGUUGGAAAGGCACCGUGCACGUACACCAGCCACACCCGUAUGACCACUACACGAAGAAGAACGCCGGGAGGCUCAAGGUUCAGUUGGAGUCCAGUGGAUUGACCCACCGGGUCAUUCGCCGUGAGGCCCGCAAGGCCGGCAUCUUCAUCCCGAAGCUGCCGUCCCAGUAG